AUGAAGCUGUCUUCGCAGCGCAAGGAUCCAAAGCGCAGCUGGCCGGAACACUUCCUGUACCUCGUGGCGGUCGGUGACGCUCGAGGCGGCGCCGACGAACUCGUGCUUGACAACAUAGUCAAUUUCGCAUCGGCCAAGCUCGCGCUGGUGCUUAAGGAAAAGUACGAUCCAAAUCGAGUUGAACAUAAUCGCCCUGCGGAGGAUCUGGCGCACUUUGCGCAGUCGAUCGAGCCGACAGCGACGUCGGUCUGUCGCGAAGUCGUGGCAGCGCACGUCGACACGCCAGUGCAGCGGAAAGAAUCGCGCAGCUGCUAUGAAUGUAUGGUGCUGGCCGUAACCGACAUCAAGCCGCGGUCGCGUGGAAAGCGGGAUGGGCGUAAGCAAUGA